AACGCAAAAUGAUAUUUGCAGCAGUUCGAUCUGGAGGCGCUUAUACCAGCAGUAGCUUCUGCUGCCGCUUCGCGCAGACAUUGCCUCUACAAGUCAGCUAAGAAUUAAAAAAAACCCUCUGAAGCCUAAUGUGCGUGCUGUAGAGUGGAAAUCCCACCCAGCGGUCGUUUAAUCCGUCCAGAAGUGGACUUGGCAUGCCAAGGAAAUGAGUUCGAAGACCACCAUGACUAACCAGGAAAAGUGGAUUACUCUCAGCCCAGCAGAAUUCUCCCAGCUACAGAAGUACGCCCAGUACUCUACAAAGAAGCUUAAUGAUGUUCUCGAAGAAUUCCAUGGUGCUGGUGUGCUUGUAAAAUACAACCCUGAGCAGAAGGAAGAUAUUCUCAGUCAAUCAAUAGACUUUGAAGGCUUCAAACUGUUUAUGAAGACAUUCUUGGAAGCUGAGCUGUCUGAUGACUUCUGUCGGCAUCUGUUCCUGUCAUUCAAGAACAAAUCAUCUAUUCCAAGACCUUCAUCACAGGCGAGAAACUCCAGCAGUCCUUCGCUCAGUGCAGGGGGCUCUGAAACAAAGAAUGAGCUGCAGAAUAUUCAAGAAACGUCAUCUCCUUCUGUAUCAUCUUCCAUUGCCAGCAUUCAUGGACCAGACGUGGUUCAGCUGAAGGACAUAGUUUGCUACUUGUCAUUACUGGAAGGAGGUCGGCCUGAGGACAAGUUAGAAUUCAUGUUUCGUCUAUAUGACACUGAUGGAAAUGGGUCGCUAGAUAGCUCGGAACUUGACCAGAUCAUCAAUCAAAUGAUGCAUGUUGCCGAGUAUCUACAAUGGGAUGUGACCGAGCUCAAACCUAUUCUUCAGGAGAUGAUGGAAGAGAUAGAUUAUGAUCGUGAUGGUACAGUGUCUCUGGAAGAAUGGAUUCAGGGAGGAAUGACAACAAUCCCUCUCCUGGUUCUCUUGGGUCUGGAAACGAAUGUGAAGGAUGAUGGUCAACACGUUUGGAGGCUGAAACACUUCAACAAACCUGCCUACUGCAAUCUCUGCUUGAACAUGCUGAUUGGUUUUGGCAAACAAGGCCUCUGUUGUUCCUUCUGCAAGUAUACUGUACACGAACGCUGUGUGUCCAGAGCUCUUCCCUCCUGCAUCAACACCUAUGUCAAGUCAAAAAAGAAUGCAACUGUAAUGCAUCACUUCUGGGUGGAAGGAAACUGUCCAAAGAAAUGUAACAAAUGCCAUAAAACCAUCAAGUGUUAUCAGGGUCUUACAGGCCUUCAUUGUGUAUGGUGUCAAAUCACUCUGCACAACAAGUGUGCGUCCCACAUGAAACCGGAAUGUGACUUUGGGCCACUGAAAGAUCAUAUCUUACCCCCAGCUUCGAUUUGUCCCAUCGUAUUGGAUAGGCAAACCACUGUGAAAAGAAGAGACGACAAUUCCUUGCCAACAAAAAAGUCAGAGGAACGCACCAAGAUACAACGAGCUAACUCUGUCACUGUUGACGGGCAGGGUUUGCAGAUAACGCCAGUUCCAGGCACACAUCCUCUUCUGGUGUUCGUCAAUCCAAAAAGUGGUGGGAAACAAGGAGAAAGAAUCUUCAGAAAAUUCCAGUUUCUGCUGAAUCCUCGCCAGGUUUACAGUCUUGGUAGUAGUGGCCCAAUGCCAGGGUUAAAUUUUUUCAGAGAUGUUCCUGACUUUAGACUUCUGGCUUGUGGUGGAGAUGGAACAGUAGGAUGGAUCCUCGAUUGCAUAGACAAGGCAAAUUUGCCUCAACAUCCUCCAGUGGCAGUUCUUCCACUUGGAACAGGCAAUGAUUUGGCUCGGUGUCUUAGAUCAGGAGGAGGUUAUGAAGGUGAGAGUCUGAUGAAAAUUAUCAAAGACAUUGAGAACUGCACAGUGGUCAUGUUGGACAGAUGGAAAAUUGAGGUGAUUCCCAAUUACAAAGAAGAAAAGGGAGACCCCGUGCCUUAUAACAUUAUCAACAACUACUUCUCUAUUGGAGUGGAUGCCUCAAUAGCCCACAGAUUCCAUAUCAUGCGGGAGAAACAUCCUGAGAAGUUCAACAGUCGAAUGAAGAACAAAUUCUGGUAUUUUGAAUUUGGGACAUCUGAAACAUUCUCUGCUACAUGCAAGAGAUUACAUGAAUAUGUAGAGAUAGAGUGUGAUGGAAUUCUACUGGACUUGAGCAAUAUGCCUCUAGAAGGCAUAGCUGUUUUGAAUAUACCGAGCAUUCAUGGUGGAUCGAACCUUUGGGGUGAGAGCAAAAAACGCCGCAGUUAUCAUCGAACCAGCAAAAAGGUGCCAGAAAAGCGAACAGUGAUUGACGCCAAGGAGCUGAAAUACUGUGUUCAAGAUAUAAGUGACCAGUUACUUGAAGUAAUCGGCUUGGAGGGGGCCAUGGAAAUGGGACAGAUCUACACUGGGUUAAAAAGUGCAGGGAAAAGGCUGGCACAGUGCUCCUUGGUAACUCUCAGAACCAGCAAGUUCCUACCAAUGCAAAUUGAUGGAGAACCUUGGAUGCAAACCCCUUGCACGAUUACAAUAAAUCACAAGAACCAAGCCCCGAUGCUGAGGGCACCACCUCCCAAGAGUGGCUUUGUUUCUUCAAUCAUCAAGAGGACUAGGAGUUAAAGAUACAAGAAAGAAAAAAAACUAUGUGCAUUUUUCUCUUCAAGUGAGAACAAGGAAUUAUGAAAAAGUUGCCCUCUCUCUCUGCUGGAAUCUUGCCACGAAAGCACAUACUGAAAAUCUGAUUUUAUAUAGUCGUCCUGGCCACUUACAAUCAUAUUCAGAAAAUCAGGUAAUAGAUGACCAAAAUUGCAUUAGGCACCAUUAGCAGGUGAGGUUUUCCCUUACUGCAAAGGCAGAACAACCCCCUUCCCCCAAACUAAAUUACUGUAGGCCAUUUAUUUGCACAGUUGUCAUUUCUAUGAUUGAAUAUAAGAAUUAAAUCAUGAAAGUUUUGUUGGAAUGUGUGCCGUUGGUCUGUGGCAUACAGAUGACAAGCAUUUAUCUUCUACAGCAGAUUUAGCCUCCCAGCUUUAACCUUUUGGCAAGUGUUGGGGAGACAAUUUUUACCUCAGAGCUAUUUCCUUUGCAGAAGCUUUCCUGUCAUUAGGACAGAGGGCUAAAGUGAUAGCAAUUAAAUAUAUUAAACUUUAAUACAGAACAAACCCAUUUUAAGAGCAGUUGUGUCACAUUAGAAAUAUUUAUAGGGAGUUCCUUGUCCUCUAUUGAAACUAAAAUGUUAACAAUUCUUUAAGAAUUUUGUACAGAAUGUAUCAGAGAACCUAUUACUGGUAUAAUGCAGCAGUAUUUUCAAUCCUAUUAUUAGAUGUACAAAAUAUGACGGAAAACUCUUUUGAAGCAGUUUGUCAGAUCUCAGCUUUUCGUGAGAUCUGACAAGUUGCUUCAAAAUCAACUUUCAGAGGGGCUGGAGACUUGGGUGGGAGGUGCUCCUUUAUUUCUCCUACCAAUUUGCUCAAAUACUGUUGCAAAUGACUGAAAUUGUGUACACAACAUAAAAAAGCUGGCAAUGCAGCUAAAUUCUCUGCUAGUGAUUCUGUACUUCUGAUGUUUCCCACACAAAAUACCAUUCAGCAGAAGGGUUUACAAGAAGUCAAGGGUGAAGAGGCUGUAAGAAUCUGCGAUUCAGGUAAUAAAUGGAUCUUUGUGUUAUGUUUUCAGUGUCUUACACUCCAGGGCUGUAGGACAAACUCAGAAUAUUGUCCAUAAGAUCUUUUCAAGUGGCCAACUAAACAAGGAACCCCAGUUUCCUGCCAGACUUUUGUUAUCUACCUUGAGCUAGGCUCAGUGAUUCUUCAAGAGUAGAAAUCCAUUUCAUUCGGCGACAUUCUUUUGGUUGUCCCUUGAUUUAGUAACAACAGCUGAGAAACCAAUUCAAUUUACCAAACCAACAAUAAUAGUCAGAUUAGGGACAGAAACCUUGGCCCCAAAAUCUCUUUUGCUCUGAAAAGCAUAUUAAGCAGGUUGUGCAUGAAGGCCAGACUGUGUCUUUGAUACAGCCUGCAGCUACAGAGUUCUGUUUUGGAAUUAUGUGGAGUAGCAUGGGUUUUUCAUGUCUGACACCAAAAAAAGAACUUUCUUACCUAGCAUGGUGGAGCAAGUGUAGAAAAAAAUGGUCAGGUCAGGCCAAAAGGACUCAGUAGAAUAAAAUUUGGGGGUUUAAAUGAUUAGCUGCUGAGAUGAGGUUACAGUCAACUGAGGUAGGUAUUCAAGAGUGAUGUACUGUGGGAAACAAGCUGGGGCAGGGACUGAGAGGUGAAAGCUUGAGAGAAAGAUGCAACAUCAGGCUUGUUCUUCUGCUUCAAGAUCACCCUAUCUACAGCCUGUUCAAAUGCCCGACUUCAGCAGAUUCCAUUUAAGCUGUCUUCAUGGCCCUCGUGAAGGCUUACUCCGGCAUGGGUAAUCCGCGGCGCCGGUGUAACAGUGUCCGCCAGUACGCACUGCACGUAUGGCUGCCACUGCUGCAAAUACUCUCUUUUGCACAUGUGGCUUAUGGAUUUAUGCAAAAGCAGUCUUUUACAAAAAAAAGAAGUUUGACUAAAAGUGGGGAAACAUUCAAUGACUUCUUUUAUGGAUAAAUUAAGCAGGUAUAACAUGACAGGAUAAAUGCUAAACAGUCAGGUCUGCUCUGUGAGCUAUUUUCUCCAUUUCCAUAUAAAAGCAGCACUGAUUGAGAAUGAUUUUGGUACACAAAAUGCAACUUAUGAUAAGUACUCAUACAUUUACUUAGCUAAAAUUAUAAUGGGAAUAUUCAGCUUUGUCUGGACACCAUUCCACACUCAACCAUCCAGCUGGACGACCCAUUCUCCUUUCGGGUGGACAGAACUGCUGCGACCUCCGGGAAAACCCGUGGAGGAGGUCUGUGUGUCUGCAUCGAUAAGAACUGGCGCCUGAAUACCUCAGUAGUGGUAGCACACAGCUCACUGCAGACAGAGUUUUUAAUGGUGAAGUGCAGACCCUUCUACAUACCGAGGGAGUUCACUGCCAUUGUGCUUAUUGUUGUUUACGUCCCGCCCUGUGCAAGCGCUGUGGAGGCGAUGCAGGAUCUGUACGAUGUAAUUUGCAACCUCAAAGCCAAUAACUUCGACGGUGUCUUCAUUGGUGCUGGUGUCUUCAAACAUGUCAACUUAAAAACAGUCCUGCCGAAGAUCUACCAGCAUGUUAACUUCACAAUCAGCAGAGAGUAUAUAUUAGAUCUUAUUGCACAAGGAGCGAUUGAUGGCUCUGGGAAUGUACUCACUGGAAUUUAGAAGAAUGAGGAGGAGAUCUCAAUGAAACCUAUCAAAUGUUGAAAGGCCGAGAUAGAGUGGAUGUGGAGAGGAUGUUUCCUGUGGUGGAGGAAUCUAGCACCAGAGGGCACAGCCUCAGAAUAAAGGGACAUUCAUUUAGAAUGAAGACAAGGAGCAAUUUUUUUUAGCCAGAAGGUGGAAAAUCUGUGGAAUUUGUUGCCACAGGUGGCUGUGGAGACCAGGAUUGGGUGUAUUUGAGACAGAUGCUCGUAGGUUCUUGAUUAGUCAGGGCAUGAAAGGCUACUGGGAGAAGGCAGAAAAAUGGUGCUGAGAGGGAAAUGGAUCAGCCAUGAUGAAAAGAUGGAACAGAGGCGAUGGGCUAGAUGGGCUAAAUCUGCUCCUAUGGCUUAUGGACGUGGUUUACACCAACGUACAUGGAGCCUACAAGACUACGUUCAUCCUCACCUUGGAUACUAUGACCACAUAUCCAUUUUGCUAAUCCCACGUAGAGACAACUGGUAAAACCCGGUCCCAGGGAUAUCAGGACCUGUUGAGAAUAUGCUACCUCAGCUUUGCAGGACUGUUUGAAAGGCACAGACUAAAGCGUGUCCAGGGAGGCAUAGCAGGUCAGGUCCUGAGGGACUGUGAGGCCCAGCUAUCAGAGGUCAUAAUGGACAUCUUUAAUAUCUCUCUGUUCACUGUCCCUGCAGGCUUCAAGGAAGCGACCAUUGCAUAAGAGAGUGAUGGAAACUGGCCUAAAUGAUUACUGCCCAGUGGCGCUAGCCUCAACAAUAAUGAAGUGUUUUGAGCAGCUGAUAAUGGAGCAUAUAAAAUCCCACCUUCCAGCUACAUUGGAACCUUUCCAGUUCCCCUACUGCUCAAACUGGUGCACUGAUGAUGUCAUUGCCUCGGCCCUCCACUCCAUCUUGUCCCACCUAGAAAAUGAUGCCUCAUACACCUGGAUGUUGUUCAUUGGCUUCAUCUCGGCAUUUAACAUGAUCAUCUCCCAGAGGCUAUGGGUAAACUGUCCUCAUUGGGACUCAACACCCCUCUCUGUAACUGGACCAUGGAGGUCUUGACAGAAAGACCCUAGUGAUUCCAAGUUCACAGUGACAUCUCAAGCUCUAUCACAUUGAGCAUUAGUGCACCCCCAGGGCUGUGUGCUCAGUCCACUUCCGACUCAUGACUGCACUGCCAGAUUCAGCUGAAACCACAUCAUCAAGUUCGCUGAUGAUACUACUGUACAUAAGUUGGCCUCAUCAUCAACAAUGAUAAGUGAGCAUACAGAGAGGAGGCAGAGGGGCUUGUCAAAUGGUGUGAGAACAACAACCUGAGUCUCAACGUGGACAAGACAAAAGAGUCGAUUGUGGACUUCAGGAAAGCACACGUCGACCACCUCCAUUGCACAUCAAUGGGUUUGUGUAGUGAUAGUGAAUUGCACAAAGUUCCUUGGUGUGCAUAUAACACAUGAUCAAACCUGGACUCACAACACUUCCUUACCAGUCA